AUGGUCUUUUAUUGUUCCAAAGAGCAUCAAAUAAUGCAUCAAAGUUCGCAUAUGGAAAUCUGUAUAGUUAUUAUAUUUGCAAGAACAGGAGACUUGGAAUCAAACGCUAGUUCUUUUAACUCAGAUGAUGAAUGGAGGUCAUCUCGAAAGACAUUUAUGCAAGGAAUUCAGGUGAAAAUGACACGUGAUCUAAAGCCGUACGAGAAAGAGAUGAUAAUGUGCGCAAAAUCAUGUCUCAUUUGUCAUCAACAGAUUAGCCUGCGAACUUGCAGGACCUGCUAUUCCGCCAAUUAUUGCGACGAGCACCAAUGGGAUUUUAAAGAAAAACACGAUUCAAUGUGCAAGGAGUUAUUGGUAUUCCUAAAUUUCAAUAUUUUAAAUGUAUGCACCGAUGAUAUAAAUACGUUGCAACCAGAAAUGAGGCUUAGCCAAAUAAAAUUAGAUUUUGAUGACAUGAUUACGUUUGUUAAUCAAUACAUUCGUAAAUACUAUUCAAUCAUGGGAGCUUGGAGUAAGUAUUGUUACAUCUUAUCGAAUUUAAUAUCAGCUCCACUGACCCUAUUGUACGGAUUAAAGGAAUUCGUAAAUAUAUUUGAACAAGCACAGAUUUAUAGAGAAGAAUAUAAACUUAUUUACAAGCCCAGAAGUUAUUUCUUUAUCGUACAUAUCAUAGGUGCGAGUUCAGCAGAUGUAACGGGCUUACCAUCAUGGGAGAUUUUCUUACAUAUAUUCAAUCAAUUAGAAUUUUCACCAAAUAAAAUUAUGGAAUUACGAAUUAUAUUGGUAGAACCAGAAACGGAUUUUGACUGCAAUGCAUAUUAUAAAGUUUGCAGCCAAUGCGUCUUCUCACAUAGGAAGCUAUACCUUGGAAAUGCAAGUGUGUCAUAUGAGGAAUAUAUUCGCACAAAUUUGUAUAAGCAAGCAAAUAUCAUUAUUGCAUUUCAAGCAGAAUUUAGUAUGGGGAGUCCACUGUUAAAUAUUUUCAUCAAAACACAAGAUCGUACAUGUCCGUUUUUUUUCACUACUGCAUCACAAAAUGAAGCAGAAGAGAGCAUAAAGAAGAUUCAAGAAGUCAUGUAUGUUCCUAGAGAACAUCGUUCUAUAGAAAAUAAAUUUCGGAGUUAUAAACCAUACAGAAAUUACGAGACUGGUGAGAUGUAUUAUCGUAAUACUCAUUUAGUUGUGUUCUUCUGA